UCAACUCUCCACACCACGACUCAUCACUCUUACAAAAAAAACCCAUCCUCUCUAAUUUAGAGAGAGAGAGAAAGAGAGAGAGAGAGAGAGAUGGCUCCUCUCGCUCCUCUCUCGGAGCAACCCAUAAGCGAGGAGGAGACAACAACAACAUGCUCAAAGAGGUUAUCUGCAACGAGAAGCACCCGCUACUCCUUCAGAGGCUGGUUUAAGAAGCGCUUCUCCGACAACAGCUCCGAUCUCCGCGUCCUCCUCAGCGUCGCCGCGUCCCCUCUCUCCCCCCUCCCCCUCCCUCCCAAACAACCUAAAAAGAACGCUGCGGUUUCAUCAGCCGAGUACAUCGUACAGCAGUUUCGGGCGACCACAAGGUGUACGACGAUGGCGGCGAGCGUGAAGAGCAUGUACGCGGCCGGUCGGGUGAGCUUGGCGAUCACUCGCCAGCCGUCGUCGGCGGGCGGCAGGCGCCAGCAUUUCGACGGAUGCUUCGUGAUGUGGCAGCUGGUCCCGGAGAUGUGGCUCGUCGAGCUCGCCGUGUCGGGCCAGCAGGUCGUCGCGGGGAGCGACGGCAGGGUCGCCUGGCGCCACACCCCGUGGCUCGGCGCGCACGCGGCUCGCGGCGGAGUGCGGCCGCUUCGCCGGGCAUUGCAGGGACUUGAUCCUUUGACGAUCGCGGCGGUUUUCUCCACCGCGGAGCACGUAGGAGAGAAACCGAUAGGAGGCGAGGAGUGCUUCGCGCUGAAGCUCGAAGUCGACCCUCUGAUGUUGUUGGCUCGGAGUGACGGAACUGCAGAAACCAUCAAACACAAAAUGGUCGGCUACUUCAGCCCGCGAAGCGGCCUACUAGUUCACCUCGAGGACUCACUGCUGAUCCGAACUCAGACCCCAGGCUCGCAAGCCAUGUACUGGGAGACCAACAUCUCGUCGCGUAUUGAGGACUACCGCCCGGUCGAUGGCGUGAUGAUCGCGCACUCGGGGAGAACGACGGUUGAUCUCGUGACGUUUGGCGUCGGAUUAAAGGCUGAUAGGGUGUUGAUGGCACAGAUGGAAGAGGUGUGGACUAUUGAGGAUGUGGUGUUCAAUGUGCCGGGCCUCUCUGCUGAUUAUUUCAUACCUCCAGGGGAGGUGCAGAGGAUGUAAAUGGUUUAUUUAGAUUAUACAAAGUGAGAUUGGUUUAUCGUUUUCCCUUUAUUUCCCUUUUUUUUGUGUGUGUGUGUGUGUGUACAUCGUGUAUAUGGUUUGUUGACAUGCGAAGAGUUGUUAUGUGUACAUAUAUAUACUGCAUUGCUACAUUUGCAGUACAAUUAAUGUACCAAAAAUAUGCACUUAAUUAGUAA